CAAAGCGAGCAGCGGUCUGUGUGUGUGUGUGUGAGGACGCUUACACAGGCUGCAGUGGUUUACAGUGUGGACUGUGUGAGCAGGUAAACGCCGUUUAGUGUGAAACAGGUGUCAGGCGUUUAUGGUUUCUCUUUAGACCCUGAGGUGUGUGUGUGUGUGUGUGUGUGUGUGUGUAGCUCAGAGCUGCUGCAGUGGAGACGCGGUGUAUUGUCGCACACGGAGAAACGGCGACAAGAAGCGGAAGAAUAACGUCUACUGACGGUGCUCUUUGAGCCAGUGACUACGAGAUGCAUGCUGCUUAUUGACGGCCAUGAUGAACGCUAUCCUGGCGAAGGGUGAUAUCAUGUUAUAAGCUCUGGAUGUGUACGAAUGUGAGCGCUUUAAGGUGGCUGAUCAAAGUGUGCACUGAGGCAAGCAGCAGGUCAACACACAGCCACUAAAGAGGGAAUCAUGAGCGCUCGCACCGGGGGAUGGAAGCAGUAAAUCAGCCCAGUCUACCUCCCUGACACGCUGGGUGUGGUGGAUAUCUGUUGGGAGAUGAAUUGGCUGCCAUGCUCACCUUACACACCCUGUCAGUUUCGCCAAACUGCAUUUUGUGAAUGAAGGAUGGGACUCGAAGUGGAUUUAUUGGUACCUGUGCUCGGUUUCUGCUGCAGGGGGAUGGGGCUGCUAUGGACGCUGCUGGCCUCCGCUCUGUUCGCCUGCGGCUCUGCUAUUCUCAUGGACUCUGUGGAAAGCCACAGCACAUUCACUUGUGAGCCCAUAGGGCUCCGUAUGUGUCAGGAUCUCUCCUACAACACCACCUUCAUGCCCAACCUGCUCAACCACUACGACCAACAGACAGCCGCUCUUGCCAUGGAGCUCUUUCACCCCAUGGUGAACCUGCAGUGUUCUCCAGACCUGAGGCCUUUCCUGUGUGCGCUCUACGCCCCCGUGUGUACGGAGUAUGGCCGCAUGUCGCUGCCCUGCCGCAGCCUGUGUAUCCACUCGAAGAGAGACUGUCACAAGCUAAUGGAUAUGUUUGGUGUGUCGUGGCUUGAGGAGAUGGAGUGCAGCAGGUUCCCAGACUGUGAUGAGCCGUAUCCUCGUGCUGUAGACAUGCUGACCACUAUAAACGCCUCGGACGAGUUGCCCAUGACAGUGCAGCGAGACUAUGGUUUCUGGUGUCCUCGUGAGUUGAAGAUUGAGCCUGAGCUGGGUUACACAUUCCUGGGUGUGCGUGACUGCUCUCCUCCCUGCCCCAACAUGUACUUCAGACGAGAAGAGCUCACCUUCGCCCGCUAUUUCAUCGGCGUUAUCUCCAUCGUCUGCUUGUCCGCCACACUCUUCACGUUUCUUACAUUCCUCAUCGAUGUCACACGUUUCCGCUACCCAGAGCGGCCCAUCAUCUUCUACGCUGUGUGCUACAUGAUGGUGUCUCUAGUUUUUUUCCUGGGCUUUCUGCUGGAGGAGCGUGUGGCAUGUAAUGCAGCAAGCCCAGCCCAGUUCAAAGCCUCGACAGUGACUCAGGGGUCCCAUAACAAAGCUUGCACUCUGUUCUUCAUGGUGCUCUACUUCUUCACCAUGGCCGGAAGCGUGUGGUGGGUGAUCCUUACAAUUACUUGGUUCCUGGCUGCUGUGCCCAAGUGGGGCAGUGAGGCCAUUGAAAAGAAAGCCCUGCUGUUCCAUGCCAGUGCUUGGGGCGUACCUGGUGUGCUGACUGUAGCGCUGCUGGCCAUGAAUAAGAUCGAGGGUGAUAACAUCAGUGGCGUAUGCUUUGUGGGAUUGUAUGACGUACACACACUGCGCUGGUUCGUGCUGGCUCCGCUGUGCCUGGACGUGCUGGUCGGUGUGUCUCUGCUGCUUGCUGGAAUUGUGGCCCUAAACCGGAUCCGCAUGGAGAUCCCUCUAGAAAAGGAGAACCAGGACAAGUUGGUGAAGUUCAUGAUCCGUAUUGGCGUGUUCUCCGUUCUUUACCUGGUGCCACUGCUGACAGUGUUGGGCUGUUACCUGUAUGAACAGGCGUACCGUCCAGUGUGGGAGAUCACCUGGGUACAGGAUCGCUGCCGAGAGUAUCACAUCCCCUGCCCUUAUCAGGUGGAGCAGACGAGCAGGCCUGACCUGGUUCUGUUCAUUAUGAAGUACCUGAUGGUGUUGGUUGUUGGCAUCCCAUCUGUGUUCUGGGUGGGCAGUAAGAAGACCUGCUUUGAGUGGGCCAGUUUUCUUCAUGGCCGUAGACGCAAAGAUGCGGUGAACGACAGCCGUCAGGUAUUGCAGGAGCCCGACUUUGCUCAGGCUCUGUUGCGUGACCCCAAUACACCCAUCAUCCGCAAGUCACGUGGCACGUCCACCCAGGGCACAUCCACCCACGCCUCCUCCACUCACCUGGCCAUGUUGGACGACGUACGUAGCAAAGCAAGCAGCGUCCACAGCAAGAUGAGCAGUUACCAUGGCAGCCUGCAUCGCUCACGUGAUGGCAGGUACACUCCCACCAGCCACAGAGGCAUGGAGGAGCGCCCGCCCUACGGGAGCAUGCCCCGCCUUAACGAGCAGCUAUCGCGUCACAGCAGCCUACACCGACUCGACAGUCAAUCACGGCACAGCAGCACGCGGGACUUGAGCCAUCCUCCACCCACCAACAUAACACACGGCUCCAGCAUGAACUGCGUAGUGGAGGAAGACGUAGGGAGUGCGUAAACACUUCAGUUCACGCACACCGCCCUCAGCGUCGACUCGGCUCACGCCGAGGACUCCGGAAUGACAGACUCGUUGCUCUGCAGAUGCUGAAUCCUGCACUCAAGCUGGUACACCAUGUAUUUUACAUGUACAGAAGAGCCUUUGGGAGAAAGUGUGUUGGUCCAUGCUGCCUCUGGUACACCAUGCACUAUUGUACGACUGGUUUCUUUGAUACUCUGAUGUUAAGGGUGAGCGAGUAAAAUAACACAGCAUUACUCUGCCCCCUGCUGAGCAACUGCAGACGUUUCUCACAGUUAAGGCAGUAAAGAAGCGAGCAGCCUGCAGCUGUGCAGUCUUCGAGACACAUCGUCUUACUUGCAGCUUUUUUUCCCCUCACGUGAUCAUCUCCACGGCUCAAAGCCGCUCGUCAGAGCAGCUGCAGCUCCAGAUUCCACUCAGUGAAGAUCUUUUACAUCUUAGCCUUCAUGUUCAAGCACUCAAAGCCAAGUAUAAAGACGAAGAGGGAAUUAAGACAAAGGUCACUGCUUGCCAGAGGCACAUGACUGCCAAGUACAAUUACACGGACAAGCUACAGCUCUUGUGAUGCGUUUCUGUACAUAUUACACUACUCCUCAGAAACCACGUACCUGAAAACCUCACUUCCACCAGACGCAACAUUCCCUGCUGCAUCAACCUACCUCAUCUACCCACUCCUGCCUCAGAUCACACUCAACAUUUAACGUGCGAUUGCGGUCAUGUUUUGAGCCAGCAGAGUGGCACGACUGGAAAAGUGCAGCACUUCCACAACGCAUGUCUUUUUCAUACAAAAGUCUGUAACGUCAUGGAAAGAAGACAUUUAUCGAGGGGCACGUGUAAACGUAUUUUGUGCACACUACUGAUGGCAAUUGAGGAUAACACGGCUUGAACCAGAAAAUCGUGCUGUGCGAGAAUGUAUCGGAUUUAGAAAUCUACAUGAAUAUACACAGAAGCGAGUGGUGCCGCAAAGGCGCAGAUGUAUGUAGUUACAGCUCCUAGUAGAUAAAUGAGCUCCAGUCUGCACUCUAUAUGCAAAAAGCUUUGAAAAUUCUGCCUGACAUUUUUGUUGGUCACUUCAGUAUGCAAUAUGUGCUCCUACUAUAAGCAUGUAAAUGUGCAACACUAAAAUAUUUCAGCCUCCACAUGCUUCUCUGGAACAGGAUUCAGAAUUUAAUACAUAUUUAAAUCAAUUUAUUGAUAUUUUGUAUUUUUUUUUUUUUUUAAAUUGAGCUGCACCGAGGCAUACUUUUAUUAAAUCGUAGCUAAAUCCUGGGUGAUUAUCCCGAGUGCUUUUGUUUGCUUGUUAAAAAAGUGAAUUAUCGUUGUGGUAUUUAGUGCCUAAAGAUGUGACCGUGGACCUGAGAUUUGUAAAAUGACUAUGCUUUAUAACAGCUGCUACUGCUUAUCUAGUUUCUUUGCCUUCAGUCUCCAAAGUAUGCUCAAUACUUCGUGAUCAACUUUUAUCUAUACUGUAGAGACUGCAGAUUUGUGUCGAGGGAGAAAGGUUUAGCACUUUAACUGUGGCUAGCUGUUGAAUGUGUAUAGAUAUUCUUUUCAGGUUUAGGGUCUUGCAAAAUCUCUCUUCUUUCCCCUAAAUAAAGAAAUAAAAUUGCUGGCGAA